UGCCGUGCCUUCUUCUACCUCGCGCACUCUCCGCGCAGCUCUGCGCUUGCCUUUUCCACUCCCGGUCCCGGCUGUGUCGAUAUACUCCCGAACACGCACCGUCGCCGGCGAAGGCGGGGCACAAUCUCGGGCGCGAUGGAUUCAUAGCCGCGUUGGGAGCUAGUUCCUGGGAGGGGCUUCUGACUGCCUGCCAUUGGGCUUGGUGCCGCCGGGACUCCGGAGCUUCGACGAAUCGUUGGUUGGGGGCUUGGUCCUCCUUCUCAUCUUCCUCCCUAUGGGGGGUUGGAAUCGGUCGCGGUAUGUGAGGGGGCAGCCGGACCGCUCCCGCCGCCCUUCGCACCCACCUCUCCCUCCGCCUGAUUACGGACACGAGCACUGCUCAGUCCCAUUAUGGGAAAGGGAAUUCUGCAGUUAUGUCGGCAACAUUUCCUGGCGGAGGUUCUGCGAAAACAAGCAAUAUGUUUCAGUAUACAAUAACCUUGAGCAAUGGGAUGAUUCAGGAGCCUUUGAGAAUUUUCAGAAUUCAAAGGCAAGGUUCUGGGCUUAUUUUCAUGGUCAACCUUCUGAUAUUCCUUUGCCAGACCCUGAUGUGUACAUUGAUAAGGUCGACCACUGCUGCAAAGUUGACCCAGAGUUAGUAGCUGACCUGGAUAAGGUACGGCUACCAUUCGACUCGGAUUAUAAUUCAGCCCCGGCUACUGGAUCAGGCAAUGCCGGGGCAGAUAACAAGUGUACUCAGAGCAGGUCUGGAAACUGGGACAUCUAUAUAGAAAAGCCAGCUGAAGUGAAUAAAUGGGACUGGGAUACCAAUGCGAUUUGGGGAGGGAAGGAUGAAUCCUCCAGUAAAUGGGGUAAUAGCAACUCCGGUUGGGGUGCUUCUGUGGAGGAGCCUAGUUGGCGGCACGGCUGGAGCAACAACCAGUACGCAUCAAACAACAGGAAUAAUAAUUUCUAUGGUGGAUCCAACAAUAGUAGAUACCCGGUGGAGGAUCCAAGUCACACAUCUGGUAGGAAACAGAACCGCGGCGGGUACUUCCAACAGAGGAACAAUAAACAGAGGAACCAGGAUGAGGGGCACCACCAAAGAAGCAGCUGGCAGGAUCAUAGAGGAAGGAACAGAGAAUGGCGUCCAUGGCACACCUAGAGCCUGCCAAAAAGGUCAGGGCAUAGAGGGUGGCUCUUGAUCGAGUGGCGAAAUCGCCGCGUUUUGUUGAGAGAUGAGUAGUUUGUAGCUUUUGAUUUGUGCAGUCAGUGGCUGUUGGCAAAUUGGUACGUGUGAAUAGAUGUUUGAGUUGUGCUGCCGCUCUUGAGGAGCUGUGGUCUUGGUUUUCUUCUGUUGUAACGGGAGCAUGCCAUUCCAGGGCAAAGGUAGUUCACCUGGUUAUACUUCUCC